AUGCAGCUGUCGCUUAGUGACGUCAUCUUUAAGCUCACAAGUGUGGCUGACAGCAAGAAGCCACACGUUUACAGGAGAACUUAUUGUUGCUGGAACCGUCGUCCUUUCCACAUUUGAUUCCAGAAGAUGUCUUCACUCCUCAAGGUGGACAGUGAAAUUAAAACCAAGGUCGAUGCUUUCAGGGAGCGGAUCACAGCAGAAGCAGAGGAUCUAGUUGCAAAUUUUUUUCCAAAGAAAUUGCUGGAACUCGAUGCUUUUCUUAAGGAUCCGAGCAUAAACAUUGUUGAGCUGAAAGACAUUCACUCAGAGAUUAACCUGACGGUACCUGACCCCAUCCUAAUCCCAAACCUUCACGACGGACUGGAGGCACAAAACGCCAAAAAGAGGAAGCUUGAGGAUGGGAGUGGAGAAGACAAAAUGACCGGAACCAAGGUCUUCGUCAUGCCUGGUGGAAUGAUGAAGAGCAAUGGGAACCUUGUUGAGCUCAUAGAAAAGGUCAAGCCGGAGAUCAGGACGCUCAUAGAGAAAUGUAACACAGUCAAAAUGUGGGUUCAGCUGCUCAUCCCAAGGAUAGAGGAUGGCAACAACUUUGGAGUCUCAAUUCAGGAGGAGACGGUAGCCGAACUCCGAACAGUUGAAGGAGAGGCGGCCUCUUACCUCGACCAGAUAUCCAGAUACUACAUCACAAGAGCAAAGCUGGUUUCAAAAAUAGCUAAAUAUCCGCAUGUGGAGGACUAUCGGCGCACGGUAACAGAAAUUGACGAGAAGGAGUACAUCAGUCUGAAAAUCAUCGUAUCAGAGCUCAGAAAUCAAUACGUAACGUUACACGACAUGAUCCUGAAGAAUAUCGAGAAGAUCAAGAGGCCCAGAAGCAGUAACACAGACGCAUUGUACUGAUGGAGAUCCCCGCCUCUGUCUUUCCACCCUCCUGUCAUGCCUGAUGUUGAGCUACAGUCGCCUGGCCUCAAAACACGACAUUCACCCUGUUCAAUACAAUCAGCUGUCCAGUAUGUAAACAAAGCUACAUUUUUGUUCUAAUUGUAAAAUAUUUUGUUGUUUUAAACUCUUCAAAGACUUAAAUAUCCUCCACGGUAAUGGAACAUAAAGCGCUAUGUAUUUUUUAAUUUUAAUUAAACUUCUCGUCCUCAGAGUUUCUGUCAUACUUCUUUUAUUCUCAACAGCAUUUUAUUCUCAGCCUCUGGUGUUAUAAUGGAACUGCAACACAAACUGGGUCUGGAUUUUUGUAUAGAAACACAGACGACUCUUUAGGUUCAUGAGAGUGAUGCUUUUUAGUGAAAAUGUCCGCUGCCAAAGCACCUCAUUUGUUGGCACAGUGUUGAAUAAAAUCCUUUUUCAUA